GGCUUCCGAAACUUGCACAGAGAUGAACGAAUAUAAAAUGCCAAGAUAUAAUCAGACAGUCAGACUUGUGUUUCUUUGUAAAGUGUUAGAAAGCAGAGUUUGUCGUAAGUAAAGCUUCUUGGUGGAUUUAAGUGUUACUGCUGGAAAACAACAUCCGCUACAAUCACCAUGGGAGUUAAGGAUGGUUUUAUGUCAGCUAAUACAAUAGUGAAGAUUGUUUUCUUUGUGGUUCUGUUGGCAGUCAUAGUCAACUGGAUCGCCUUCUGCACAACAUCAUGGUACGUGGUGAAAGGAACUCCUCCCUAUACAUACCAUGGUCUGUGGAGAUCAUGCAGUGGCACAGCAUCGUCAUCUUCUCCUGCUAAGUGCUCUUUUGUGUACGACGGCAGCCCCGACGACGACUUGGACGCUAUUCAGGCUUUCGCCAUCUUUGGUUUCAUCGCUUUGAACGUCGGCUUUCUUCUCAUCGUCUUGUACAUGUUCUGGGGAAGUUGUAAAGGAAAUGGUGAAGCUGGUCUAGCUGCAGCCAUCACUCUCUUUGUCUCAGCUGGCUCCUGGCUCAUUUCUGUAGCCAUCUUUGGCGCUAAAUUUCAAAAUCUAGGCGGGAAUUUGGGUUACUCAUUCGCCCUGGCUGUGUGCGCACUUAUCUUGGCUCUGGUUGGUGGAAUCCUGAUGAUUAUUGGUGGUCGAGGUAAAAAUUCUGUUAUCUCAAAGUAAUGUCAGUGUGACUGGUUUGUAGCAGCAGAGUCAACCAAGUUGAAGAGCUAACUAUUUCUUCGCCUACAAUGCCUUGUCCAUUUGAAUCAAUAUAUAUAUAUAUUUAAUUUACUAUAAAAUAAAUCAACUGAUUUCGUUCCUGAUUGAAUUUAUAAAAUGAAUAUUGAAAAAAAAUCCAAUGAAGAUUCUUAAAUUAUUAUCCUUUUAAAAAGCAAAGAAAUGAAAAACUUUGGUUUUAGAAAAAAAUUAGCUUUUCCCGACUGUUCAGCAACUUGUUUCGAGUAUAUUGGUCUAAAAUAAAUUAUUUUAUUCAAUAAGUUGAGAGAUUUUUUUCCACAUACUAAACGAAUACAUUUCUACAUUUCUGAUUAAUCCAGGCUAUACAUGAAAGAGACUAGUCAAUAACGCUCUUCUAUUGCUUGACUAUUGCAGAAUUAUCUUACUGUACUGUUUUCUCAUGACAAAUGUAAUUUUUGUGAAUGAGUUAUUUCAAAGCUUGAUCUAAAGUGGUCAGUUUUUUUUUUUAUGAAUGCGUAAGCAGUAACACAUGAUUCAAUCGAUACUUAGGCCUACAUUCUGAUACACAUUCAUUUUAAACAGCUUCCAUUUUCCGAUCAGGUCUUAAACACGUCUAUAGCUGUAGAGGCUAGCCAUUGAGGCAGCCUUUGCAGUAACGUUUUAAGACCUGAUUGUUGAAAGAUUCACAACUUUACCUUCUUCUUCUUCUUCUUCUUCAUCAUCAUCUUCUUCUUCUUCUUGUCUUGUUUUUGCAUACAUUUUUUAAAAACCUCCGUCCAUUAUUUGUCUCAUUAUUUAAGUCUCAUAAAACGUGUAUUUUCAAACCCACACAGUUCUAGUUACCUCGGUUUGUUACACUUUCUUCAACUAUGGAUAUCAUGUGUGAUUUUCGUUUAUUAUGCCAGUAACCAUGAACAUGGCUAUGAUAACAAUGUAUCUAGCUUUAUGGCUGGAGGAUGCACCAUUUUGAUAUUCAUAUUCUGUUUCUCAGGUGUUUCUUUUUGUUUUGUUUAUAGUGAGUCUGUGAUUUCACCUUGCUCAUAUUUAUACUCAAAAACUUGUACUUGCAUAACUACUGUAAGCGUAUUAACAUAUAUAUGUGCAUAGUAAAAAAUAAAAUAAA